AUGGCGUUUAAAGACUGGAGGGGGCCAGGAGCGAAAAACGAACGAGGUGGAAGUGGUGGAAGCUCGUCUACAUAUUCCACGCUGGGGACAGAAGAAGGGGGAGGAGGUGCAUCUUCGAGAUCGUGGGAUCCAAAGAUCGGAAGCUCUAAGGGAGGUUCUUCCUCCUCCUCGAGAUCGAGGAACUCGGGGCUCGGAGAUCUCCGCAGAAAUCCGUCCUCCCCGAAGUCCGGAACCUCGGGGUUUGGAGGUGGAGACAGGGAGAUAGGGGAAGAUCCUAUACUAUUUCGGUUGCUAUUAAACAGUUGCUAUAUAGCAGUAGAAGGCUCCCAUCGAUGUCUACGGACAACGCAUCAAAAAGAACAUAAUGUAAAAAGUACGAUUUGCAGUCAAGGGCUACCAGAAUUGAACAUUCCUCCUAAUGACGCAAUUGUAAAGGUGGAUGUUGAAUUAAAAGAGGUAACGAAGAAUGGCAAAACGGAACUAUACGCAUCGAGAGUAAAAUCGAAGAUAGAUAUAACAAAAUACGGUUUUGAAUUUAAUAACAACGCAGAGGGCUCUCAACAACUACAUGAAGUUCUAUCCCAAACUAUAAAUGAAAACUCAAAGGAAAUUAUUAAGAUUUGUUCAUUUCAGGCAAAAACGCGUCGAAUGAGUCUAAUUUUACCAAAAUCGGAGGUGGUGGGGGUAUUCUACAUAAUUACCAAAACAUUAUUUGAAAAUGUUACUAUAAACACUUACAAUAAUACAAUAGAAAAUACACCAAAAACAAUUUCCACGCUAUCCCUACCAAAAUGUUCUUACAUUAAAUCAAAGCAACAAUGCGAAGGUAGUUUAACCCAGACAUCACAAUCGCAAAUGAAUAAGCGUGCUACAUUCUCAUCCAACUACGAAAAGACUUUAGACUCUACUCCGAAACGGAUCAAUGAUUUGAACGAAAAGCAACACAAGUCUAAAAAAUUGUCCGGCAUCUCGUCAGCUAAUUUUGGGAAAACCAAGCCUGCAAUGAUGGAGCGUCAUCAAGAAUGGCACGAUGAAUGUUACCUAUCUGACAUACAAGGCGAAUGCAGAGAUUAUGUCCAAAAGGAAUUCAAAAAAUUGUCACGACAAUUGUAUAAAAUCGAAGCGCUGCUAAAAGAGCCAAAUGCAGGACGAGGUUGUAGGACAAGAAUUAUUACCGUCGUUCCCGUUAAUAACGCUUCAGCAAUUCUUCGAAUGCGACAAUCAAUUGAAAGUGGAUGCGAACAUGAGAAAACAAUUCAUUCUGUGAUGAAAUGGUCACCAGCGUCACCCGUGCAGAACUAGAAGCUGCCAUGCAAGAACGGCUCCGUCGCUCAGGUGACAGGAUCAGAAGUACGAUUAAUAAUAAUAAAAUGUUUAUUAAUCAGUAAAACAAAGUUAUUUUACUGAUUAAUACACAUUUACUGGAAGUCUUCCAUGAGAAACUUUGCGAAACAUGUUUUGUAUCAACAUCGUGUCUUGUCGUUUCAAAAAGGAAUGGAACCGUUGACAUUACUUAUGAUUACGUGACGCGGCACUGGUUUUUAGAAUGUCAAGGAAAUCCAGUGAUAGUCUUAAUUUGUAACAUCUAUGCUGUAGGUUGAUCUUACGGAUAUACAGGAUGUCCAUUGUAUAAAAUGUAUAAAAAAACAGACCAAUGUAUAAAAAUUAUUACGAUGAAGUAG